AUGUAUUCCAAGGGAUCUACAGAUUAUGAUCUCUAUGGAAUCAAAAUUGCUCUCAACGAUCGACUCCUGGUUAGUGUCGACAAUCUUUUUCUCAUUUGGUACGUGGAACACUUUCCACAUGCCAACGGUUCGUCAUGCCGAGUCCCGUACAAUUUAACAACGUGCGAUUUCGUCUACAGCGUUGUUGUGCCCACCACCAAUAAUAUCUCCUUUAUAUACAACUGUAUUGAUGUUCAUGGCAACAACGUUAUCGGUUUUCUUAUUAGUAAUGAUACGUGCUCAUUUUAUCUCAUGAAUGAACAGAUCAUUUCCAAUUAUUCAACACAAGACAACUUUGUUAUAGCGAUCGAUGGGCAAAGUACGGGCGUGUAUGGUUUUGCCGACGAUUUUCUCUUCUUCUAUCAAUUGUUUCCAACAAUAAGUUUGGUCACCUGGACAAAUACAUUGAAUAUUUCUCCACGAGCAGUGGAUAUCGGUCACAAUGACAAAUAUGCAGUGGUCGCUGGAUACUGCCAGUCAUCGGUAUCGGUCGCAGUUGAAUGUGGUUUUCUCCUUCGACUAAACGUUUCUUCCGCUAGUCCACAAGUUACGAGUACUUUUCAAAUCAGUACUGCCGUAACAUAUUCAUGGAAUGAUCCACGUUCAAUUCGUUUAGUUACAAAUAGUCGAACAUAUACAGCACAGUUCGUCAUGUCUGUAAGUAUCUGUUGGGAGACUCAACAAGUUCUCAUCGGUGUUCAAUCAUUGAACACAGUAUAUUUAUACUCGCUAAAUGACACUCGAACGCCAAUAUGUAUUCGUCAAACAGGCAUGAACUUGAUGGGCUAUGGUAAAAGUGUUGCUUGGUUAGAUCAAACCUGUCAGAAAGCAGUUAUUCUCGCUAAUGCGUAUUCCUAUUCGAGUUACGAAUGGAUAUCAUCAUCAGUACAUGUCUAUGAUAUCCAGUCGGACGGUUUUAACGAUUCAACACAACCGAUUCUCGCUUAUCCAAAUGCUCUACAAACGCUUCACCAAUCGAUGAAUCCAUCAUUUAUUCGUCUCACAUGCUCGCCUAGUGGUCAUUUAGGUCUUCUGGAUCGUUUUGGGAAUGGUAUUGGUAUUCUCACUGCACCGCCUAACAAUUAUGCAAACACAAACACGAGUAUAUAUGUGACCAGCUACCUACCGUGUUAUCGUGGUACCAGUCGAAAUUACAGUAGCAUUGAGCUAUGUUAUCCUCAAUCUUCGUCUAUCAGCAACUGUUCAACAGAGUUGUUUUGCCCGUAUGGAUCAGUUGGUGAAGUUGCUUAUUCAGCAUUUGAAUCGAUUGAACAAGACCAAGACUAUCCAGAAGCACCCGAAAAUACAGUGUUUGACGAUAUACUUAUGCAAAAUAUCUUCAGUUUCAAUUUGAAAUCAGUUCAUUGUUUGAUUGUAUCGCCGACGACAUGGGUAUUUGUGGUAAUGAUCAUUGUUGGAAUUAUAGUUAUCGGAAUGGAGUGUUCGGAAAGAUUUUAUCCGCACCAACAUUACAUACGUGAUCGAGCCAAACGAAUAUUCAGAAAAAUCGAUUUAAUCGGCGAAGGCGAGGUAUGGAUUGGUGGUUUAAUUACAACCGCCAUUAUUGUCUUCAUCAUAUCAGCAUACGUGUUCUCCAAUGCUUUUUUUCAUCAAUAUCCAAUCGAACAACUCAAAGAUAAUAACUCAUUUGCCUGCGAUGCCACUCUCCGCAAUGCGAAAUUCGCUACAACUACUCAAAAACGAUGGGAUCCUCGUCGCACGUCGAAAGAAAGCCAACUUAUCUUUGAUUUACUUGAUGCUCAAGUGUUUACCCUUAACAUCGAUCUGAUUCAAACUGCGUAUACGUGCGACGAUUACUUUUACAUACAGCGGAGCGAUGGAUAUAAAACCACUCUAAUUUCUAUAACUAACUGUUCAACAAAUUAUAAUGGUACGAUAUUGAGCUUAGCAAUUGUACUUCCAGCUCAUGAAUUGACCGUUCAACUUGUUUUAUCCGGUUUGAAGACGAUUGGAGCUGUUCGAAUAGGCCUUAGUUCACCCUCGGCAACACUUGAACAUGGAAGAUUCACAGCGUUGGAAGUGAAGUUUGCUUCAACAUUUGUUUCAUCAUCGCUGGAUCAAGUUCUUACUGAAUCGAAUGUAUUUCCAAUUGAACUAACUAAAAUUAUCAAUGAAACCGAUCCACUAGACAGCAAUGGAUCACCGCAGUUCAGCGCCAUUUGGUCAUAUUCGUUAACGGCCAAUACGGAUCAAUUAUUUACCAGUGAAAAUCGAUACACGUUCUUCUACCGAUCGCAAACGAAUAUCAGCGUCACAAUUUCCCAAAAUAUAUUCUACAUUAGUAACUUACAACAACCAAUUGCAAGACAAACUGAAGUUAUCUUUCGCUGUCUUUUAUUCACCAUCGUCGUUUUAGAAGUAUUUGGAUUGAUUUUCUUGAUUGUCAAAUUAUUAUUUAUUCCAAUACUUCAUACGAUUUACGCCCGUUUGUAUCAAAAGUUUGCAACAACCCGCAAAGUUGAUCCAUCGAGCGAUCUCAAUAUGGUCACUGUGGAAAAGAAGAAUCCACUUCAUACACUCACACAUACUUUCAAAACUCAAAUGCCUCGUCGUCGUUGGUCGUCUGGUACAAAUGUUAACGAGAUGAAACAUUGUAGUACACAUGAAUAA